AUGACUGAGAUAUUGUAUAUAUGGCUGUCAAUAAAUAACGUGGAUGCUAAACUAUAUAAGUAUGAUCUUCUACAAGAAAUGAUCGAUUAUGAUUCAGAUUUCUUUGAAUAUGUUGACGAUAAGAAAUCAGCCGUCACCUUAACAGAUGACAAGUUUAUUUCUAUACCAAUCAGUGAAUUGAGCACUAGCAUGACAGAACUGGACACUUCAUUUGAAAUAAUCGCCGUUGUUACAUUAAGUAGAAAGAAAUCUUGCUUAUUUUCUAUCAGCACAGAAGAUACUAUUGUACUUGAAUUAUGUUUUACACCAAGUGAUGAAGUUCUAAUGCGAAUAUCAUUAGAUAGUGAUAGUUUUGAUAGCCGUAAAACAUUUUUACAUGUAUUGAAUGAGGAGGAGAAAUCAACGACUUUAAUACUUCAAGUGGAUGUGGACAGCGUCAGCUUGUAUGCAAAUUGUAAGCUAAUUGAUAGUCAAAGCUUAGAAAUACGGUUAAAAAGUUUAUCGAUUCCUGAGGAGUCUAAUCUUAUUUUUGGGAAAAUCGACAAAUUGGACUCCAAUUUCUUUGAUGGACAAAUACAGAAACUUCAAAUAUUUUCAAACUCGUCUUAUGAAGGACGAUUUAGUGUUUGCGACAGUGGCUUAAAGCUUCCAGAUAGUAUUGACGAUAAAGAGGCCAGCGUCAGCGCCUUUACGAAAUCACCCGACACUACCGAAGAUGAACCGGAUGACGAUAGUGACACAGAUAUGCUUGAAUAUAGUACAGAAAAACUUGACAAAUGGGAUAAAGGAGAGAAAGGGGAUAAAGGUGAUAGGGGAGACCGCGGUGAAAAGGGAGACAAAGGAGAAGGCACAAUUGGCAGUAUAGGACCACAAGGUCCAAUAGGUCCAGGAGGUCACCAAGGGCCGCCUGGAGAGAAAGGUGCUGAAGGGGCAUGUCAAUGCUCAGAAUUAGUGGUAACAAAAUUGUUAUCCACUAUGCCAGAAAUGAGAGGUCCUCCUGGUGAACCAGGACCUCAAGGUGAAGAUGGAGCACAAGGCAUGCCUGGCUUAACUGGUCUCCAAGGAAUACAAGGGGAGAUGGGCCCAAGAGGGUUUGAUGGUGAAAAAGGUAAACCUGGUGAUAAUGGUUUACCUGGAAAAGACGGCGAAAGAGGAUCUAAAGGUGAACCUGGAAGAAAUGGAGACCCAGGGCCUCCAGGACCUGAAGGGCCUAUGGGACCCCCUGGUCCACCAGGAGAAGCAUAUAAGGAAAUAGAAGAGGCAAAAAUGCCAAUUGCUGGUGAAAAAGGUGACAUAGGACCAAUUGGGCCUCCAGGUUCCCCAGGACCUAAGGGUAUUCAAGGGUCUAAAGGUGAAAAAGGAGAGGAAGGCUUAAAAGGCGACAAGGGUGAACAAGUUAUCAUACGAGAUAAAGGUCUUGAUGGUAAACCUGGCCCACCUGGAAAACCAGGAGAGACAGGGCAAAAUGGCAUACCUGGACAACCGGGUACCCAUGGUCGGCAUGGAGAAAAGGGAGAAAAAGGCGACAAAGGUGAUAAAGGAGAACAAGGUCUACCAGGCAUAACUGCAAAGCUAUCAGAUAUACUAUACGACGAUAUGGAUCCUAUUGAAAAGGAAGCUGUAAUAGAAAAAUUAAGAGGUUACAAAGGUGACAAAGGAGAAAGUGGUCACAAGGGUGAUAUAGGAGAUACAGGAGAUAGAGGUCCUAAGGGUUCUGCAGGAAAUGAUGGACUUCAAGGUCCACCGGGAGAAAAAGGAGCUCAUGGCCAUAAAGGAGAUCCUGGUCCCGAAGGGCCUAAAGGUCUAAGGGGAAACACAGGAGAACCAGGUCCACCUGGAAACGUGCCAACAUCUGCUAUAAGUUUAAUGAAGGGUCCAAAAGGAGAUCAAGGAGAAAUAGGUAAAACAGGACCACGUGGUCCAAACGGUCAUCCUGGAAAAAAAGGCCCAGCUGGGCCUCGUGGUUAUAAAGGGGCCAAAGGUGAACCAGGCGAGACUGGACAUAAGGGUGCCACGGGAUAUAAGGGCGAAGUAGGUCCAGUGGGACCUAAGGGAGAGAAGGGCGAAACUCCACUUGUUGAUACUGCAAAGCUCAAAGGUGACAAGGGAGAGCGGGGUGAAACUGGUAAAUCUGGACAGGAUGGCAAACCUGGGAAACCCGGAACUUGUGAAGAGUCCAAUUUCCUAACUGUUACUGGUCCACCUGGCCCCCCUGGUCCACCUGGCCCAUCUGGUCCACCUGGUCCACCUGGAUCACCGGGUAUAUCCAUAACAGGUCCAAAAGGGGAACCCGGAGGAAUAAUAUCUAAAAGCACAUUAUAUGCUUUUAAUGAUGUAAAUAAUGAUUCAAAUACCUCUAACGAAGACGAUGAUUUCUAUACUGCGGCAACAGUUAUAUAUAAAACGAGUACUGCCCUAUUUAAGAGAACUUCGAUAACACCAUUAGGAACAUUAGCUUAUAUUUUGCAAGAAAAAAUAUUAUUGCUAAAAGUUGAAAAUGGAUGGCAAUACGUUUUGAUGGGCUCUUUCUUACAAACAAGAGAUUCACAUACAAGCACAUCAUCACCCAAGUUCCAUAGAACGACUGAACCCACAAAUCCUACUGAAGGUGUAAAAUCAUCAGAUAAUUACAUUCGCUUAGUGGCAUUGAAUGAACCAUAUCCAGGGAAUAUGCUGACUACUACAAAUAGAACUGGGCGAAGCGCGGCAGAGCAAGAGUGUUACAAACAAGCACAAAAGUUCCACAAGAGAAGCACUUUUGUUCCUUUUAUAUCAAACAAUGUUGUAGACUUAAUAUCAAUAGUGAAGUCAAUACAAGAUAGACAUGUGCCGGUAGUCAAUUUGUAUGGAUCGGUGCUAUUCGAUUCGUGGUCGAGCAUGUUCAAUGGUUCUGGUGCUCCGCUACUGUCCACUACAAGUAUUUACAGCUUCAACGGCAAGAAUGUGUUUAUUGAUCCAACUUGGCCAACUAAAGCAUUAUGGCAUGGAAGUACUUCAUUUGGUAUUCGUGCUAAGAGGGCAUCCUGUGAGGAGUGGCAGAGUGACAGCUCUCUGAGCCACGGCGCUGCGUCAACACUUUACAGUAAUAGACUGUUGGAACAAGAACAGUAUUCCUGUGAUAAUAAACUCAUAGUCCUAUGUGUGGAGACCACAUCUAAUGCACGUAGAAAAUUAAGACACCCCCAUCCCAAAUCGCGGAAGAGGCCAAAUGAUCACAAUAUUGAAACAUUCGACAAUCGAAUACAACCAGGCUUA